AUGGGUGGUAACCAAAGCAACCGCGCUGAAGUGAUUGGAUACAAGGAUGGGUAUGUUGAGUUUGAGGACCAAUUGUACGCUGAAGGUACAUUUCGGCGGGUUUACCGGGGCAGAUUUCAUGGAGAUGUCGUGGUUAAAGUCUACAAAGAGCCUUAUUCUCUAUACCUAGAAGAGUAUGCCUGGAAAGCAGACGACCGUGUCUUUAAGCAAACUGAGGAGAUGGUGCAGAAGUUUAACGACAAGUAUAUAAAUACGAGCAAGCCAAUAGAGUUUGUUAGACCAGAGUUCGCUCAAAUUCGUUCCAGCUCAAAUAUCCCUAAAAAUGCGAUCGUUGUGGUCGAGAGGUACCUUGAAGGAGAUUUUGUCAAAUUCUCGAACAACACUGGGUAUGUGCGUCCUGGAGCAGAGAUCACGCCAGCUGCUUUUAGUCAUUUCACUUACGACGUCACAAAUGGCGAGAUUCUGGUUUGCGAUCUGCAAGGGGUGAACAACGGUACAAGGUACACGUUCACAGACCCUGCUAUUCACAGCGCCGGCAAAGAGAUGCAUUUGUACGGUCCCAGUGACUUGGGGAAAAUUGGCCGCUGUCCAGCUCUGCCGCCAAGAUUAGAGGUAGAGCUGUGCCUGGUAAGCUUCCAGCGACUACUAAGACUAAACGGGUAG